AUGUUAUUCACAAGACUUGGUAAGACAAAAUUAUAUGGUGGUAAUAUCAUAUCUUUUAAAUACCAGAUAAUCAUUCGCUUAUAUACUGCCAAAAAACCAAUUAAACCCUCAAAAUUACAUGCACCGAUUUAUUAUGAAACAAUUCUUGAUGAUGGAAGUAAGUUCAUAUCACGAGUUCCUCUCGUUAAACCAACGGUUGCAAUGGAUAAAUUACCACCUCCACUUAAACCACCAAAAGAAAAUAAUCAUCACAAACUUACUGAAGAUGAGAUAAACGAAAUGAGAGAAUUAAGACUUUCAGAUCCUGAAAAAUGGACUCCAUUAUUCGUUGGACAAGCUGCUCCUUUAUCAAAAGAUAGAAAGGAAAUACUUGAAGCUAGGAAAGUAGCCCAAUUUAAUAAGAUGGGAUGGAAAAAGAGGUUUGUCAGAAAUGAAAGGGCUAGAAGAAGAGCUAAUUGGUGA